AUGUUGAUUAAUGGUGAGACCCAGCACCCUAAUGGCGCUCACUCGAGUCCUAUGACCCAUGAUCGUCCCCGGCCACUCAAGGUGGCCAUUGUUGGUGCGGGUAUCGGAGGUCUCAGUGCCGCCAUCGCACUGCGUCGGGAAGGUCACCAGGUAGACCUAUACGAGCAAUCGAGGCUCGCCAAUGAGAUCGGCGCCGCCGUGCAUCUGGCACCGAAUUCCAACGGCCUCCUCAGGAGGUGGGGCAUCUACGCCGAGACUUUCGGCGCCAACCCUGCGCACCGCUUCAAGGAAAGAAACCUGCACAACAAAGGCGGCCUCGACGUCGACAUCACCAAGUCCGAGGGCCAAUGGCAGCACCCCUGGCAGUUUGUCCACCGCGGCCUCCUCCAUAGCGAGCUGCGGAACGUCGCGACGGCGGAGGAUGGCGUGACCCCCCCGGCCAAGAUCCACGUUGCGUCCAAGGUUGUCAGCGCGAACCCUGAGAAGGGCGAGAUACAGCUGGAGAACGGUACAACUGUGCAGGCGGACGUCAUCCUUGGCGCGGACGGUAUCUACUCCCGGGUCAGGAAAUACAUCACCGGCACCGACUACAAGCUUUUCCGCUCAGGCAAGGCGGCCUUCCGGUUCCUCAUCCCGACUGCUGCGGCUCUGGAGGAUCCAGUCACUGCUCCGUUGAUCGAGAAGGAGAACUGUCUCAGCAUUUGGUUCGGGACAGACAGGCGUAUUGUGGUUUACCCUUGCAACAACAACCAGCUAUUGAACUUUGUGUGCAUUCAUCCAGAUACCGAGUCUCACGCAACCACAACCGAUGGGUGGAGUAAGAAGGGUUCCAUGGAGCAGCUCCUCAAGGUGUACAAUGAAUUUGAUCCUGAUGUGCUGCAAUUGCUCAAGAAGGUCCACCCGGACGAAGUCAAUGUCUGGCAGCUGCUAGACAUGGAGGCCAUGCCCACAUGGGUGAAUGACAAGUUAGCGCUCCUCGGUGAUGCUGCUCACCCAUUCACUCCUCACCAAGGGCAAGGAGCAGGUCAAGCGAUGGAAGACGCUGCGGCGUUGGCUGUCGUUUUGCCAAAGGGUACAUACCCGGAGGAUGUGACGGAACGGCUUCGGCUGUACGAGCAGAUCCGCCUGGAACGCGCGCACAAGAUCCAGGAGUUCUCUCGCCAAGCUGGCAUGGACAGAAUACCCGGACAACAACUACCUCCUAUCAAUAUGAUGGAGUACACGAACUACAACUUUGGCCACGACGCGCAUGAUCAUGCGACAAAGAUGUUCAACAAGUACCUCUGGUCCAAGAAGAAGGAUCUUUACUGGCGCAUGCCUGUCGGGUUCGGCCCUUUCCCCGGCCCCCGUCAGGACUUCUACGGCCGCCGCCAGCCGUCCGAGCUCGACCGCACCUUCAAGACCAUCUCCGUCAAGUUCCUCACGUCGCGGACAUUGCUCGAGACGAUCCUCCCGAACGACUCCUUCCGUUUCAAGGCGCCCGGCACCGUCUGCACCGCCUCCCUCUCCACCACGCAGCUUAACAACAUGUCGUGGCUCGGCGGCGGCGGCUACAACCACCUGGGUCUGUACAUCCACGGCAUCGAGUACGUCAAGCGCGACGGGACCUCGGUCGACGGCACCCAUCUCGCCGUGCUUUUCGAGUCCCUUGCCGACCCGAUCGUCUCGGGCCGCGAGGAGCUCGGCAUGCCGAAGCUCUUCUGCGACAUCGACGUCGAGCACCACGCCACGGCGGCCCGCGUGCGCGCGUCGUGGCGGAGCACCAGGUUCAUCGACAUUUCGCUUGACAACCUGCGCAAAGACGACCCCGAGACGGAGCACGGCACCAUCGGCGGCGAGGCGGACUACGGCAUCCUGACGUACCGGUACAUCCCCUCAGUUGGGAAUCCCGGCAAGGCCGACGCCGCAUACGCGUGCGUGGUGCCGCACGAGGAGGAGGCGCGGGACGUGCCGUCUACGGUGCACGCCGUGGCGAGAUCGCCUAGCGCCUCGGUCACGGUGGAGGGCCACGACUGGGAGAAGCUGCCGACACUACAUCACAUCGCCAAAGUUCUGGCCGAGAUGCCCAUCUACAAAGUCUUGGGCGCCAAGGUUGUGGAAGGAACCGGGGUCCCCAAUGUGUCCGCGGCUCGGAGGAUAGAGUAG